GCAUAUGUAUAGGAGAAAGAAGCAAAAAAAAAAAAAUAAUUACAUGUAUUUAUCCCAAGAAGUCAGUGAUCGCCUACUUUUGUCAAAUAUUUAGAAACUAAGUAUUGUUUUUUUUUUAAAUUUCAAUAAACCAUAUGUUUCAGUCAUGAUUUUAUGAAGGAAAACUCGCAUUGCGAAUAGUAUAGUGUACGACAGAAUAAACCAUCCCUCAAAUGGAGCGUGUUUUAAAAGCAGUGCCAGUGGAUUUAAGAGAAAAAAUGGAAGCGCUUGUUCAUGAUUUAACAUUGGCACUUGAGGAAAGCAGCAAUAGUGCAAAUGUCAGACGAAGAUGGGGAAUUCGAAGACGUGCUCGUUCAACAGGAAAUAUUCCAUCAUUAAGUGCCAAUAAACAUUCAGAUGACAGUUCAUCGUCAAUUUGUGACAUAAGAAUAGUAUCAAAAACUGCUUCCUCAUCGAAAUAUCAAUCCGAUAGUGAUGAUACAAAUCGCACAAAAAGAUUUGCUCGUUUUUCAAAUUUAAAUAAUGCCAGUAAUUUUGAAAGUGAUUCUGUUAAUGAAAAUUUCGUGCCAAGAAUUAAUACAAGACGUAAAAGAAAAUUCAAAAGAAUGGCCAUUGAUUCUGAUUCAAAUCCAUCAACAUCACAGGCAGUUGCUAUUAUUUCCACUUCAGUUGGAAAAAAGAAGAGAAUUUUUAGAAACGAUUGCGAAAAUCGAUACGGAGCAAUUUGGUGUGGAAAGAGAAAAAGAUCAUGUCGCGAGCGAUCAAUAGAUUGUGAAAUGCGUUCGCCAAAACCAACUCGUGUUUCAAAAUCAAAAAAUAGAGGAAAAAUUCAAAGUGAAGAUGCAAUGGAUUGUUCUCAAGUUUCAAGUUCAAGUAUCUCGUCGAGCGAUUCCGAGACAGGAAUAGUAACAAAUGAUGAAGAUCGUGAAGGUGACGAUGAACAAUCCGAUUGGAUUGGAGAAUCAAGUUGGUGGGACGACACCGAAAGUAUCAUAAGCGAAGAUAAAGUUGCAGCAGAUUCAGCUCUUCAAGCAAUUUUACACGGUAGUUCAGAGCAUCUUACUGACGAGGCAAGAAAAUGUUAUCGUCAAAGAAUUCAAUGGAUUCGCGAUGGAAUAAAUGGACGUGAAAUUCGCGCUGGUCGUCGACACGUCGAUAAUAAACCGGGAUAUUCAAUAAUUACAUCGGCAAAUGAAAAAGUCUCAAGAUUUUUACAAGAUCCAAAUCAAAGUGAAUUGAAAUUACAUCCAAUGCAUCAGCCUGAACGUGAAAAAUUAAGAAGACUCGCAAAUCUUUAUAGUUUAAGUUUAAAGGGCGAUUUAAGUUGUCCAAUUUUAUAUAAGACACGACAGACAACGCAGGCAAUUUGUGUUGAUCAAGUGUCUCUAAAUCGAUUUUCAGAUAAUAAAAGACUAAGAAAAACACCACCAAACUCACCAAUUCCCGAUUCAGUAAUGCAAAAUCAAGAAAUUCAAAUAUCAGGCACAAGUUUCAAUAAUUCAUCAUCAAUGAUAUCGCAAAAUAUUGGUUCAAUGCAAAAUUUAAGUAAACUACCACAAUUCGAAUGGAAUACACAUAAUUCAGGGCUCGAUAGUCAAACAAAAUUAAGAUUUCACAAUUUUGGACAUUCGAAAUCCAAUUAGAAAAACCGGAACAAAUAAACGGUACAGUUAUUUUCCAAUAUAGAAAAAUAAUAUUCUAUAAAUAAUGUUUAACUUGUAUUUUCAUAAAAAAAACAUAUUCUAUGUUUUCUAAAAAAAAAAUAUUUAACGAAAAAUAGUUUUCGGAAAUUUGAAUAAUUAUACAAGAAAAA